GGGGUGGAAUUCAAUAUACGUUAGGCAAUGCUUAGGCAAGAGAAAUUUGCCUAAGCAAAUUUUAUUUGUAUUCAAUAUUUGUUGCUUAGGCAAAAUUCUAAGCAAGUGCUGAGCAAAAAAUUUAUGAAUUUCUGUAUUCAAUAUGCACAAAUUCCUAAAUUUUUUGCCUAAAGUUAUUCCAGCUCGGAGGUGGAAUAACGACUUGCGUAACUUUAAUUUAGCUCAAAAAAAUAUUUAUUUCUUUAAAAAUGGCCAUUCCAUUAUUUGUCCUGAACAAUGAGCGCAAUCGGGUUUAUAAACAACGUCGACUCCUUGAAAGUCUCUCCGAAUUUGAAAUAAGGAAACAUACUGGUUUGCCUUGGUGGGGAGCUCGAGAGCUUAUUGAGUGGAUUGAACCGGAAGUUGAACCACUGGCACGGAGAAACUACGCGACACCGGCGGAGACGAAAAUUCUUACAACAUUGGGUUUUUUUCGAUCUGGGUCAUUCCAAUGGAUGCUAGGAACUGUUUCCGGAACUUCCCAGCCUUCGUGCAGCCGAAUAAUUGCGGAGGUGUCAUCUACUCUGCAGGAUCAUGCAAAUGAAAUGAUCAGAUUCCCAGCAAGUGUGGAUGAACGAAAUAUCGUGUCAAACGCAUUUUAUCAGGUCGCAGGUCUACCGAACGUGAUUGGCAUUGUUGACGGAAGCCACGUUCUUAUAAAGGCUCCAACUGACCACGGCGGAGUUUACAUUAACAGAAAACAGCGUCAUUCCAUUAACGUACAGAUAAUAUGCAAUCACCAAGAUAAAAUAGCUGAUAUCGUAGCGAAAUAUCCUGGUAGCAGCCAUGAUAGCUUCAUUAUGAGGAACAGUGCGAUUUGUCAUCGGUUUCAGCGAGGAGAAUUCGGUAACAACGUUUUGAUUUUGAAAAUUAAUUAA